UUGAUGGGAUUAACACACACACUGUCAGUCAUGUUGGACUUAGGAUCCAAGGAUCAAGGACUAGGAUCUUGUGGUGUAACGUCAGUCUUCAUGCUCAUUCACCCACUGGAUCUGUACAGAGAAAAGCAUGACCUCAGUCUGUUUCCAGCUGCAACUGGGUUUUUUUGUGGACUGUUAGCACUGCCUGCUGGCUGCUGCAGGAAUCACCAAUGGAUAGAACCGUUCAAUGUUUCAAAUCCUGCAUGUUUUGGGGAUUUGUCUACUUUUUAAAUACAUUGUUGGGAUUCAUCUGCAAGUAAACGACAAAAAAACAAACAUGUCCUGAAAAGAAGUUGAUGUUUACAGGACCAAAAUAUUUGAAGCUCUACUCCUAAUGGAAUAAAAACAAAAAACAACUACGACUUUAAAGACUGAAAAAAGACAUUUACAUUUAUCACAUUUGGUUUACUCCUCCCACAAUGCAUUGUCCUUUGAGGAAGAAACGCCCGAAGAGAGAUUCUGAUUUCUCAGCUAUCGUGGUUCCCUCCAUGUACGGCUCUGGUUAUCUGGACUACACCGUGGAGACUCACGCUUCCAAGUCCAUGAAGGUCAUGGAUGAGUUCAGGCAACACGAGAUGUUGUGUGACCUGGUUCUUCACGUCACCUACAAGGAGAAGACAGUGGACUUUAAGGUUCACAGGGUGGUCCUGGCCUCCUGCAGCCCCUACUUCAGGGCCAUGUUCACCAGCAGCUUCAGAGAACGUCACGCCACAGAGAUCACCUUACCUGACGUUUCCCCUCAGGUGGUGGGAAUGCUCAUCGACUUCGCCUACACCUCCCACAUCACGGUGGGAGAGGAAUGUGUGCUUCACGUUCUCCUGGGUGCUAUGAGAUAUCAGAUGGAGGACGUAGCCAAGGCCUGCUGUGAUUUCCUCAACAAACAUCUGGAACCUGCUAACGUCAUCGGCAUCGCCCGAUUCGCAGAGGAGCUCGGCUGCACAGAGCUGCACCAGAAAUGCAAAGAGUAUAUCAACACACACUUCAGUGAGGUGACCAAAGUGGAAGAAUUCUUCAGUCUGAGUCACUGCCAGCUGCUGGAGCUCAUCAGUCAGGACAGUCUGAAGGUGCUCUGUGAGUCUGAGGUGUAUAAGGCCUGCACAGACUGGGUGGGCUGGGAUAUGGAGGGCAGAGCCCAAUAUCUACACGCUCUCCUGAACGCAGUUCACAUCUACGCUCUGCCUCCAAAGUUCCUAAAGAACCAGCUGCAGUCCUGCCCCAUCCUCAGUAAGGCCAACUCCUGUAAGGAUUUCCUUUCUAAAAUCUUCCAGGAUAUGACACUUAGAAAACUGCCGCCUGCUCCAAACCGUGGGACUCAUCUGAUCUAUGUCGCUGGGGGAUACAGACAACAGUCUUUGGCGUCCAUGGAGGCCUUUGAUCCCAGGAGGAACGUGUGGCUGAGGCUGGCUGACAUGACCACACCCUGCAGUGGCCUGGGAGCCUGUGCUCUGUUUGGACUGCUCUACACCGUCGGCGGCAGAUACUUAUCACUUCAGAACAACACGGAGUCUAGUGCCCUCUGCUGCUACAACCCCAUGACCAACCAGUGGAGCCAGCGGGCGUCGAUGCACAUGGCCAGAAACAGAGUGGGCGUGGCCGUAGUGGACGGCUGCAUCUACGCCGUGGGAGGAUCCCUGGGUUCCACGCAUCACAACACGGUGGAGAGGUGGGAUCCUGAGACAAAUCGCUGGUCCUUCAUUUGUCCCAUGUCCGUGGCUCGUCUUGGGGCAGGCGUGGCCGCCUGUGGGGGGACUCUGUAUGUGGCUGGGGGGUACGACGGGCAAAGUCGCUGGGACACUGCUGAAAAAUACCUGCCCGAGACCAACACCUGGCAGCAGCUGGCGCCAAUGAGUACCAUGCGCAGUGGACUGGGUCUAGUCUGUGUGAAUGGUUACCUGUAUGCCAUAGGAGGCUAUGAUGGGACCACCCAGCUCUCCUCUAUGGAACGUUACAAUAUUGCCAGGAAUGUUUGGGAACCCAGAGCCUCCAUGCAUUUUGGCCGGAGUGCACACGGAGCGACCGUCUAUCAGAGCUGCAUCUUCGUCCUCGGUGGCUUCAACCAGAGUGGUUACCUGGCCAGUAUCGAGUGUUACUGUCUGGAGGGUAACGUAUGGAACAGGGUCACGGACAUGCCUGUAGGACGCAGUGGGAUGGGUAUCGCUGUAACCAUGGAGCCCUGUCCUGGAAGUCUGCCAGAGCCAGAGGAGGACGAGGACACGGCCAUGUAAACACACAAGAGACAAAACCUGGGACUGUGUCUUUCACACUGGUGCAUCUUCCAGACACAGAGCCAAAUAACUGUAACAGAUAAAAAGCUAUUCUUCAACUCAAAUACCUCUUUUGUCACCGCCCUGCUGGAUCUUCCUGGUACUGUGGGGUUUGAAUGAAAACAUUUAAAGAGUAUUUAUCUCAUUUGAAGCUCCAUGUGCAAGUCAUAACACAAUAAUUAUUGUAGGUGCUGCACGCGUCACCCUUAAUAAUAGAAUUAUUUAUUUUCACAUUGCUCUUUUUGUGUUUUUAAUCUCACAAACCAGGCUUUCACAGUGUGUAAAUGUGUCUUGUGUGACAUCAUGUUGUGCCUUUAAUCACAGCUGCCAUUUUUAAUUAUUAGUAUAUUUUCUUUAACUACAUUUUGUUCUAUAUUUCACAUACAUAAACAUAAUCAGACCAUUAAAUCAUUGAGCACAUUCUGGCUAAA